AUGUCUCAAACUUUCGGCUCUGCUCAGAUCAAGAACAAAGGUGCUGAAGUUGUGAAAACAAGAUCCAAAUCGAGGAAAGAAGAACCAACUGCUGUGAUAGAUGCAACACCCAUAUCGAGCAUCCCCGCAACUGCUUCAAAGAAGAAGAAAUCAAUCAAAUCAACUACAAAAGUAAGUGAAUCGUCUCCCUCUGUCUCCAUUAAGUCUGGUACUGUGAAAACCCAUUUGGAACUGCUAAUGCGAAAUCGCAUGUUGACGCCUCCGUCAAAACUGCGAAUGUUGAGUCGUCCAGUAAAGCUAUCAAUGAUUGCUCUAAGUCUGAAGCCUGAGAAAGUGGCAACACCUACUGAUGCCACUGCUGAUGCUGUUGAUAAUCCUGAGAAGAAAACAAACAGUAUCCCUGAUGCUGCACAGGAUGUUGAGUCACCUACAGAUAUGACUGAUGUUGCAAAGGAUGUUGAAGCAUCCAAAGAAGUCUCCAGCCCAAAUUUGUCACUGCCAUUAAGUCGUUUGCCUCCUCCUGCUCCGAAAGGUAUUGGUAGGAGACUUAGAAGCAGGACUACAAAGCCUGCACAUGCUGUUGAUACUACCCCUGCUGUCACCAAGAAAACUAAGGACUCAGCCUUGAAGCCUGUCAAGUUUGGUCCUAAGAAAAGCUGGAGUAAGUUUGUGCCUCCUCCUGAGAAGAAGAAAAAUGUGCUGAAAAGGAAGAGUGCACCAUCUAGUGACUCUGACUUUGAAGCUGAGAAGGAUGCCUCAAGCAUUAAGCCUCCUGCGAAGAAGGCUAUGUCUGCUAAGAAGGUCAUGCCUCAAGCUGCUACCCCUGACAUUGAAGAUUUUCCCUGUGACAAUGUUUCCUUUCAUCUUCCAUCUUAUGCUCAAAGAUGGGGCAUCAUCUGCAAGAGAAGACUGGCUCUGGAAAGGGAAUUAGGCAAGGACAUCCUAGAAUGUGAAGAGGUUGUCAACUUGAUCAACGAUGCUGGGUUGAUCAAGACUUUGUGGGGCUUAGGGUCCUGCUAUGAGAAGCUGGUAAGGGAGUUUAUUGUCAAUAUCUCAGCAGGCUGUGACAAUCCCUUAGACAAAGAAUUUCAGAAGGUGUUUGUACGAGGAAAAUGUGUGGAAUUCUCCCCAAGUGUGAUCAAUAAGGUCUUGGGUAAUUUUGAUGAACCUCAUCCUGACUUUGAGGUGUCUGACAAUGUUGUCUGCAAGACCAUCACAGCCAACAAGGUGAAGACUUGGCCAAAGAAGGAAAAGGUACCUGCAGUGAAGCUAACCCAAAAGUAUGCCAUCCUGAAUCGUACAAAGUUUAAUGCUGGUCAGUAUAUUUUUAAUCAAGUUGUGCAGCAUGUUAAGACCUCAAUCACCAAGCAACCCAUUGCUUUUCCAACGUUGCUUUGUGAUAUCAUAUUUUCCCAACACCCUAGCAUAAGGCAUGAGGGUGAAUCUGCUAAGAAAAGGGCAUCUCCCCUAGCUGUUCAUCAGAAGUUGCACAGUAAACAACAUGCUCCAAACAUUGCUGGACCAUCCAAGGCUGCUGCUGAUACUCCUAUGACAAGGAAGGAGAUGAUAGUUGUGCUGGAAGCAAAUUGCAAGGAGCUGGAUGAAAAGAAGCUGUAA